AUGUCGACCUACUUUUACACCAGCUCAGACUUGCCUGAUUGGUUCACCAAAAAUCUGUCACCUGACAAGAUCAACCUGAGCACGUUAAAGGGGGAAGGUCAGCUGACCAAUUUAGAGCUGGAUCAAGAGGUACUCCAGAACAUGCUGGAUCUUCCAACAUGGCUGGCUAUAAACAAGGUGUUUUGCAAUAAAGCAUCCAUUAGGAUACCAUGGACAAAAUUGAAAACACAUCCCAUCUCUUUGUCCUUGGAUAAAGUUGUAAUGGAAAUGAGCACAUGUGAAGAGCCACGUGCCCCUAAUGGACCCUCUCCUAUAGCAACUGCAUCUGGGCAGAGUGAAUAUGGAUUUGCUGAAAAAGUGGUAGAAGGCAUUUCAGUUUCUGUGAACUCCAUUGUAAUAAGGAUUGGUGCAAAAGCCUUUAAUGCUUCAUUUGAACUUUCCCAGCUGAGAAUAUAUAGUGUAAAUGCAAACUGGGAACAUGCUGACCUUAGAUUUACCAGAAUACAAGAAGCUCAACGUGGAGAGGUUUUGACUUUUAAAGAAAUCAACUGGCAGAUGAUCAGAAUAGAAGCUGAUGCAAUCCAGAGUUCUAAGCAUGAAAUCAUGAGUGCUCCAGUUCGACUGAUUACUAACCAAUCAAAAAUCAGGGUCACGCUUAAAAGAAGGUUAAAAGACUGUAAUGUUGUGGCAUCCAAACUGGUUCUGAUUCUGGAUGAUUUGCUAUGGGUUUUGACUGAUUCCCAAUUGAAAGCCAUGGUGCAGUAUGCCAAAUCUCUUAGUGAAGCCAUAGAGAAAUCAGCAGAACAGAGGAAAAGCUUGGCUUCUGAAACAGCCCAGAACUCGGCCCCUGCCUCCAGCUCCCAGCAGGUGAAAGCGCAUCAGACAACAGCAGCACCUGAUCAAAACGAUGCAAUAGUAAAAUUAUUUAAUGAUUUUGAUGUUAAGGAAACUUCUUAUCAUUUAGUAAUUUCCCACUUGGACCUACAUAUAUGUGAUGAUAUCCAUUCUAAAGAAAAAGACCCAAACAGACGUGUUACAGGAGGGGCUAUGCAGCUUUCCUUCAGCUAUUUAACAGUGGACUAUUACCCAUUUCACAAAGCAGGAGACAGCUGUGAUCACUGGAUGCAUUAUAGUGAUGCCACUAAAACCAGAAGUGGAUGGGCCAAAGAGCUAUUAAAUGAAUUCAAAAGCAAUGUUGAAUUGCUUAAGCAGGCUGUGAAGGAUCAGGUCAUAGAUUCUCCUCCCAAAUCACCACCUGCUGUAUCUCCUCAGAACCUACAAACAGGCAAGGAACAGAUACCGAAAGGAACAUCCAGGGCUUCUUGUGUAUCUUCCCAACAACCAAAGGGCAAACUGAUGUCUAGUCCUAUUGUGGUUAGACUUGCAGAUUUCAAUAUAUAUCAGGUUUCAACAGCAGACCAGUGUCGUUCUUCCCCUAAAGCUUUGAUCUCUUGCAAUAAAAAGUCACUUUACCUUCCACCAGAAAUGCCAGCUAUUCAUAUUGAAUUCACUGAAUAUUACUACCCAGAUGGAAAGGACUUUCCUAUUCCAUGUCCAAAUUUGUAUGGCCAGCUGAAUGCUUUACAGUUCACCUUGGAUCAGAGAAGUAUUCUUUGGCUAAACCAGUUUGUGUUGGAUUUGAAACAGAGUCUUAUUCAGUUCAUGGCCAUGUACAAGUUAAAUGACAAUUCAAAAUCAGAUGAACAUGUUGAUGUGAGAGUGGAUGGACUAAUGUUAAAGAUCAUCAUCCCAUUUGAAAACAAACCUGAAAUUCAUAAAGACCAACCUCGUGCACUUUCCAUUCAAAGUUCAGAGAUGAUUGCUACAAAUACCAGAUGCUCACCAAAUUGCAGACACUCUGAUCUAGAAGUUUUGUUUCAGAACUUCAAGGACUUCGAAUUUUUCAGUAGAACUUUCACCACUUUUCCUAAGUCCCCAAAAAAUUUUAAUCUUUUACAUCCAAUCUUCCAGAGACAUGCUCAUGAACAAGAUACCAAAAUGCAUGAUGUUUAUAAAGGUUAUAUCAUCCCAGAAUUGAAUAAAUAUGCACUAAAGACAUCUGCAGCUACUGAUGUUUGGGCCAUGCAUUUUUCCCAGUUUUGGAUAGAUUAUGAAGGAACAAAAAGUGGGAAAGGUCGACCAAUAAGCUUUGUGGACUCUUUCCCGCUUUCACUUUGGAUUUGCCAGCCGAUAAGAUUUGCAAAGUCACAAAAAGAGCUCGCAUCCCAUAAUCAGACAGCCUUGAACAUUCCAAAAAGUGAAUCUAGCGAUCUCUCUAAUAGAUUGCAACGUAAGAAACUUUUAAAGGAGUAUUAUAGCAGUGAGAUGGAGCCCUCAGCCAAUGGCAUUCAAAUGUCUGAGACUUCAGGAGUGCUUUCUGAAAGCUCUUCCUCUGAUGCAGAUGUACAUGUUCUUGUCCAUGUUCAAAAACAUGUAAGCGUGCAGAUCAAUCACUACCAGUAUCUUUUUUUGCUGUUUCUCCAUGAAUCUCUUGUAUUGCUCCUGGAAAACUUAAGGAAGGACGUAGAGGCAGUGACAGGAAAACCUGCAAAGCAAACAGAUGUCUGCAUUGGGAUUCUACUGAAAAGUGCAGAAGUAGCCUUACUGCUCCAUCCAGUGAUUCAGGGAAACCCUUGUAAGUCUCCUGUUGAGAAAGAGGGAAGUCCCGUGACAUCAGAACUCUCCCCUGUGGGAAAUGGGGAAACUCUUACUUCAGAGAGUAAAUUAGUUGGUAGUAAGAUAGUGGAAGCUGGUAUUACUAAUUUUGGUUAUGUAAAUGAAUGCAAGGCUCUGAAUGCUGAAGUUAAUAAAGGAAUUUUAAUGGAUCCUCUUUUGUUUAAAUCAGAUAGUAAUAUGGAUUUUCAGAAAGCAAUGUCAUUUUCUGAUGAUGCAUCAGAUAAGGGUUUGGGAGAUACAAGUGAAGGAGGAAGCAGUGGACUUUUUAGUAGAAGUGAUUCAGAAGAGGUCUGUGGACCUCUAAGUGAAAAAAGUUUGAAUCCUAGGGAUUUGGUGUCCAUUCUAAAUAAAAGAGAAGAUUCUACUGAAUUUUUCAUCGAUAAAGAGGAUGACAGAAACAUAUUCUCAAAUAAGUUAAAUGAACAGGAAGGCACAACUGAAGGCUGUCCUAACCAAGUCGCUGACUUGGAAACAGAAACUGCCUUAGAAUCUGAAGAGCUUGAAAUCAACAAAGACAAAGUGACUUCAGUUAAAAUGUUUGCAUCCCAGUCUUCUUCAAGUGCUAAGCCUAAGGAGCGCUGCUCAUCCAACCUCCCUGCAUUCUCUGUUUCUUACAAAAAUAUGAAGAGAAGUCCUUCACAAGUCUCUCUGGAUACCAUCUCUAUUGAUAGUAUGAUGCUAGAGGAUCAUUUGAUAGAGAGUGAUGGAAGUGAUAGUCAAAGCUUUCUGGAGAAAGGUAUUACAGCCACAAACUAUCAAAGUCCAUCAGAAAAAGUCCACGAAGGAGGCACAGUGAUUGAAAAUUGUGAUGGGUCAUCUCCAGAUGCCAUGAGUGCUGCUUCAGAAAAUGCCCAUGAGACUAGUGAAGAAAUGAUGUCUGUUGUGGUUUUUCAAGUAUUUGGUGUUAAUGGUGAAAUUGACAUCAGAGGAGAAGACACAGAAAUAUGCUUACAGGUCAACCAAGUGAUACCAAACCAACUAGGAAAUAUUGGUGUUCGACAAUAUCUGUGCAACAGAGCUCCUGGUUCUGACUGUAAAUCUGUGGCUGGACCUGUUAAUUCAUCACCUGAGAUUAGUCUGAGAUGGGAAAGUGGGCCUAGUGCUGUUGUACAUUCCCUGCUAGCUGUAAAAAAUGGGUUUCUUCAGUGUCAUGUGGAGAACUUCAGUGCUGAAUUUCUAACAUCUUCUCUCACAAACAUUCAGCAUUUUCUAGAAGAUGAAACUGUCGCAGAAGUGAUGCCUAUGAAGAUAAAAGUUUCUAAUGCAAGGAUUAAUUUAAAAGAUGACAGUCCACACGAAAAUCUUAAGGCAUCUGAGCUGGUACCCAUAAAACUGCAUAUUGACAUACUCUGGAUAGAAAGAAAUGAUGAUGGCACCUUUCUCAUUAGAGACAAUCAAAAAGUAAGUGACGUGUCAAAGAUGAAGAAUUCGAGCGGUACAUUGCAGCAAGCUGUGGGAUCUGUUGAACGUAGAACACAGGACCAAACCACACAGACUACCUGGGAAACACCCAGACCUUCUAAAUCAAGCAGAGAUUCGUCUGACUUCCUUAAAAAUGAGCUUAUUGAAGAAAAUGAAUGUCUCAAACAGGAACUAGCCAAAGCCAAAAUGGCUCUUGCUGAGGUCCAAAUGGAAAAAGAUGCCCUGCUUCAUCGCAUGAAGAAGAUGAAUGUUGAUCAUCAGUAGGACAGUGUUCUGUUGGUGCUAAGUAUCAUCAUCAUAACUGCAGGUGGUGGUGGCACCUAAAAUACUGUCUGCAAAUCACUUGAAAAUGUAGGGGGUUUUUGCUUACAAAGUUUUCUCAUUACAAAAAAAAAAAAAAAAAGUUUGUGAACCAGGGACUACUCUGAAAUUAUCAUUAAACAUUGUAACUUUUCUCAGCCCAUUUUAAACUGAAAUGACUUUGAAAAAAAAUCAGUUUCUACUGCACAUUAUUAAUUUACUGAGGAAAAAAAUCAUAUCAUCUACUUUUAUUAUCAAGGGAAAUAUUAUUUUUAAAAUGUUUUUUGAAAAGUAGAUGGAUCAGCAAUGAAAGGAGGUGCCUGAGUACAUAAGAAACUCCAUGUACCUUGCCUCACUAAUAAGGUGUACCUCUCUUUCUAAGGUUAUGUUGUCUGAUUGUUGCCAGAAGAUAUCAAUACAAAAGGUUAUA